UGGGCUUUUUCCGCUUACCCUGGCCCUAUCCGCUGCGUGCGGAUUUGGGGUUAGGUUGAUACUGGAAUUGCUCGCCGAGGAAAGCUAAAGUUUUGACAGGGACGUGAUCACAAACAUGUUGACGCUACAGGCUGAAAGGGAUGGGGCUCAAAGACCUGCCCAGUGGGCAUGGUGACUGCGUGCUUACGUCACCAGGCUCCGUCUGCACUGGACUCGCAUGGAGCUGAGAGAGCACAUAUCAGAAUGCCAGAGAUAAUGAAGAAGCAGACCCCAGCCCACAAACCUCAGCGGAAGAAGAACAAGGAAAGUCACAAUGCAGUUGAGAGACAUCGGAAGAAGAAAAUUAAUGCUGGAAUCAACCGCAUUGGAGAACUGCUGCCUUGCUCACCAGCCCUGAAGCAGAGUAAAAAUAUGAUUUUGGACCAGGCUCUUCGCUACAUCAUACAGCUCAAGCAGCAGAACGACAUUCUUCUGCUCAAUGGAGGUGACAGAGUGCAAGCGGAGGAGAUUUGUCGUUUGCGGCGGCAGUUGGAGGAGCUACGUAAGGAGAGCGCUCACUACAUGGAGCUGUUAAAGGUCAAUGGCAUCAGCUUCCUCAAUGACCCUACUGUGCAUUGGAAGGGCAAGCUGCGCUGUGCCAAGGUGGCUAAAGUCACGCCCACGCACCUUGUGCCUGACGGCAUUAUCGUCUACUCCAAUGGAAAUGUGUUGUGUCCAGCUGCAGAGGACCAGUCUACCACAAGUCCUACCCAGGAUGUGAGGAAGCAACCAGCGGAGGCCUUAGUGAUCCAGUCUCACUGUGACAUUAUGGCAGGUGUAGGACCAAAAGUGUGCCAAAAUGGGUCUAUGCUACAGGAUGCGCCUGCCUCUUCGGCUCCGCAGGUCCUGCUUGGGGCCAGUCUUGCCCCCCCAGUAUGCACACCUGGUGUCAGGUUGGUGGAGCAGCAGCCAGCUGAGGCGCAUCCUGCCACAAAGCUGGCCCCUUCCCUGUCCUACAUCACCUUUCAGGGUCCAUGCCCCCUCCCUACAAACAGCAGCACUAUGCAGCCCCCUGCAUCAACUUCCACACCAACACCAAGCCCUGCAGCUUUAACCAGCCAGCCUACACCCCUCUCCCUCCCCCAGGCCCCGUUUCAUACACAGGCUGCUAUAGCAAAUUCCCCCAGUCCCCCUAUAUCUGUGAGCUCCAUGCUGAGCAGAAGCGUACCCUCACCAACCGGUGCCCCUCUGGCCUUCCAGAUCAGUAUGGCGGGGAGCACUCAGACCACGUGGACCACUCUGCAGCUCGGUGGGAACUCCCAGCCUGUCUGUCACCCGGCCCUCACCCCCACCCCCAGUAUCAACAGCUCCACUGUGUCUUAUAGUGGACAGCAAGGGCCAUCCACAUGCUUCCCUGUUGCAAAGUCUUCAGUUCAGCCUGUCCUUGCUCCUCCCCAAAUCCAAGCACAGGCCCUUGCUCCACCCAUACCCCCCCCACCACAAUCCCAGUCUGCUUUUCCACCUCUGCUGCAGGUGUUGCAUAUGAGUAGCAGCCAGUCCCCUGCUGUCCCCCAGACCCCCAACAAACCCAACGUGUUCAUCCUGCAGCCAGUUAAUCCUUGCCAACCAAUGGCUACAGCUAGGAGCAGCCUGCCCAGUCAGAACCCAUGUCAGCAUAUUGUCAUAAUUCAAGCACCCAAUCAGAACCCUGUUCCACCAACCUCCCAGGGCAACACAGGGCCAGCUACAGUUUCUACAAGUGAUCAGACUAGCACUUCCAGUGUGGUGGCCAGUGGCGGAAGUGGCGUACAGACUGUGGGGGGGAAGCAGCUUGUGCACAUCUUACCCCGGCCAAUGACAUCUACACAGAAAUCCCAGACAGUCACAGUAAGCGGGCAGGUGUUUUCCUUGCAGGCUAUGAAACCUCCUGGUGGGGCGGCAGCUCAGCCCUCACUGCAGAUCGUCCAGCCUACUACCAAGGAGGAUCCUAAUGUCAACAUUACCCUGCACUCUCUGGGGGCCCUGGCCAAUCUCAAUCAGAGCAUCUCAAAUGUCCCCACCCAGAGCCAGGCCCAGCCCCCUGCAGCUGCACAGCCUGCUCUGCCCGUUACCACAGAAACUGUGAACUGCAGCUCCUCUGCUGGGCUCACAAGAUCUGCCCCUUUGGCUUUAGCGCCGAUAGGUGGCACCACUACUAUUCUUCUUAAGGCUUGCGUCCCACCCAGAACCAAACGCACAGGCAGCAAGAAGGCCAGUACAGGCCAGAGGUCUAUAUCUAAACAGGGAGGCCCUGCCCUUCAGAUCAACACUGAGCCUGCCGAGAAACAACCACCUACCAUUACAACAAAGACUGGGGAAAUUUCCAUGUUCCCAACUACAGAACUGGCUACACUCUCAAAGAUGUCCUCUCUAGCCUCCAGGGUCACAGAACCCUCCCACACUGCCACGGAUAUUACAGUCAGUUCAUCAGUAGCUGGACCCACACUGAGCACCAUCUUUUCUCCAGUUGUAGGACCCACAAUGUGUAGUGCUAACUCCACAGUAAGUUGUGUUAGUUCUAUAGCUACUAAUGCCAUAUCGAAAGUAACUGGACCCACAGCAAUUUGUGGCACCUCCACAGUGACUGAACCCACUGUAGCAAGUGUUACUUCCACAAUGACUGGACCUAUAGCCACAACUGUCAGUUCCACAAUGACUGCACCUAUAGCCACUAGUAUCUGUUCCACAGUGGCAGGAUCAAUAAUUAGUACUGUCAGUUCCAUAGUCACUAAUGUCAGUUCCACAGUAGUUGGACCUAGAGUAAGUAGUAGUAGUUCCACAGCCACUAUUGUCAGAGCCACAGAGACUGUCCCCACAGCCAAUAGUGUUACUUCAACACAGACUAGACCCAUAGCCACUAGUGUCAGUUUCACAGUGACUGGACCCACAGCAAGUGGUGUCAGUAUCUCAGCUAGCAGUGUUGGUACGACAGGCCAUACCAUAACACCUUCUCCACAGGUUGCUUUUGUGACAGCUGAGUCCAGUCGGCCAGCAGACCUCCAGAAUUCCCUGUCCGCCUCCCUGCCCCUCACACCAUCCACUUCUGUCUCAGCCUCGCCCUCUGUGACAACCCCCCUCUCUCACAUGUCAGAGUGCAGGAGGCCCCCAUCUCACCAGCAUGACCCUGCACUUUCCACCAUUGCACCUGACUCCACCCUUAUGGAAGCCAAAACCAGCAAACUGGAUAUGGAGAGGGAUCUAGGGGAUGCGGACUUGGGAGGACAUGCCCUUCCCAGGAAGGAUCCUUCCUCACUGCAGCAGGUGUGUGUGCUGGAGCAGGAUGCAUUGGGACAGUCCCUGGGCUCUAGCAGCUGUGGGGGCAGUCGGGGGUUCUCCAUCGCAUCCAUGCUCCCAAUGGGUCAUGUGGCCAGCACUUCAUCCUCUGCUUUUGGAACCUUCACCUUCACGUCUGAGCAAGCAGAGAUCCUUGCCCUGGCUGCGAGGGCCUUCUUUGAGCAAGAUGGCCCUGGCACAAGCAGGGGGAGUGGCUGCAGCUCACAUACCCCUGCUCCUACUGGCUGGGAUGUGCCCAAACUCCCACAGAGCUCCCAUCGCAAGGACAGGGCCUCUGGAUCACAGGCAAAGAACACUUCUCUGAUGGGGCCCAGCCUUCUGGUGCCUCUCGGAGUUCAGCCUGCGGUGGGUACCACAAGCGGACCAGUUGGAUCCAGGAACCCUCUGUCCCUGUCCUAUACCUCAUCACCACGCUCUCAAUCUCAACCUUCCCAUUCACAGCCCACUCAGUUGCAGCCCACCCAGUCACAGACGCAACCCACUCAGUCACAGCCUACGCUGUCACAGGCAACGCAGUUGCAGGCCUCUACUGUGGGCAGUCUCAGUGUUAAUAAUCUGAUCAGGCCACUCAGUUCUGGACAGCAGCCCUACACCUGCUCCCCCAGCCAUACCCAGCAGGGCUCUGUCCCAUCACCGAUAGCAACUGCUGUCCCUGUGGUGCAGUCCUCGGCCCCCCUGCUCCCACCAUGUUCUGAGUACACACCACUGAAGAACGCCCUUAUGAGGCCACAUGGGACAGAGCACCACAUGAAGGACAUGUCCAAGCGCCCUGCCCCUGAUGACACCCUACUCCCCAGUAGCAAACGCCCAAAAACCUCCUCUGUCCCCAAUAUGGGUCAAAUGGACAUGAAGGCUGCACCCACUGACCACACCCAGAUGAUGGUCAGCUGUAGUAGCAGUAGCUCCUCUAAUUCUGUUGGGCGGGGUUAUCCUUCUGAUGGGCUCAGUGGCCUUUUCCCGGGCAAUAGCUUCAUGAGCUCCAUGCUGAAACCAGUAGACGGGCACUGUGCCCCUCAAGGAACUUCCCAUCAGCAGAGUCACUCCCAGCACAUCCCCCACCCACCUGGGCACCAUCUGCCGAUGGGUAACCCCUACCUGAAGCAGCAGCAGCAGCAGCAGCAGCAGCAACACGGCCAGAGACUUCACCUUUAUCAGCUACAGCAUCACUUGACACAGCAAGACCCAACACAAUUCCACAGCGUCCAUCAAAGGACAUUGCAGCAGGAUCAGCACAGUCAGAAGAAACGGGGCUUGGUGCAGGGUGGGCAACCAGGGGGCCCUAUGGGUCUACCACAGAAAGCACACCAUGUGGACAAGGGCAGAGAGCAGCAGCAACAACAUCAACAGCAACAUCAGCAGCAGAGUUCCCACUCACGACACCAGCACAUUCAGCACAUCCAGCAGCAGCAGUUUGGUGUUCGUCCCCAGGAGAAGAGCUGUGAGGGUCAGCCAGUGGUGCCCCGGGCUCUCCAUGGUAGCCACCUGGGCCAGGAGCGACAGGCAGGCCAGAACCACAGUGCUCUUCAGCGGCUCAUGAGUUCCCGGGCCCUAGAACAGCUGACCUCACAACCGGGAGGGGCUGUAUCACGUCACUCUGACAUCACCUGCACCCCAUCUCGGCAGGAGCGCCACCGUGUCUCCAGCUACUCUGCUGAAGCACUCAUUGGGAAAUCCACCUCCAGUGUUGACCAACGCAUGGGGAUACCCUUGCAGGCAGCACGUGCACCACAGGAUCAGGCCGACCUACAUACCUACCUAGAUGCUUCCAGGGGGAAAGGCCACAACCCCCAGGGCCAUUCAGGGCCCCUGAAUGUCUCAUGUGGCUCUACAGGGCAGCACCAGCUUGGAAGCUUUGAGGUGCAGGUGUCCCGUGAAAGCGAAAUGACCCAUAAACCCACACCCCCAUCCCACAGGGGCCUGCAGACACAGGGCAUCAGGAUGGGGCUGGGCUCAGGGGUGGAGCGGCAGCCACGGGGGGCGUUUCCUGGAGCACAGGGUGUGCCCAUGGGGUCGGGGCAACGGGAGCAUGAGAGUUGUCACCAGAGCUUUAUGCAGAGUCUCCUGGCGCCCCACUUGUCUGAGCAAGUAGGCCACCAAAGUGUGGCACAGUGCUGUCCCCCAGUCAGCAUGGAGUAUAGCUGUGGGUCUGGUGGAUCAAGCACAGACCUGCAGGCUAAGGCAGGCAGUCCCAGUAUGCCCCCCGCACAGAAAACUCCCAACAUGCACAUAAGCGAGGGGAACAAGGGCCAUCUCAACCCCCAGGUUGGAACCAACAUGCAAUUACCUGGAGUACGAGGAGGGCUCCCCCCUCACCCCACCACACCCCAGAGUAACUCUGAACCGGGACGUGCCCCUGCACGCCCUGUCAACUCUGUUAAUCAGCGUGCUCGCCACCCAGCCCAGGACGUCCAGGGUACCAAAAUGCGCCCUGGGGACCGAGGAAGGUCUGGAACACUGCGUUCUGGAAACUCCUUCGAGCCUGACGGGCAGCCCUCCUUGCCAACAGGUGGUGGCAUGCUGUUGGGACGGCAACAGACUGGUGGAGAGGUGAAGCGUGGCAGCAUUGUGCGCUUCAUGGCUGAUGGUGCCCAGGUUAGUGGGGACAACCUGGUGUCUGAUCAACACCUGACCCAGAACUUUGGCUUCUCCUUCAUCCCCGAGGGAGGAGGGAUGAACCCCCCAACCAUCAAUGCAAGUCCCUCCUUUAUUCCGCCUGUAACCCAACCCAGUGCAGCCCGCACACCUGCCAUCCUGCCUGUUGAGGCCCAGAACACCCUGCCCUCGUUCUACCCCUCCUACUCCCCCGCAGCCCACCCCAGCCUUCCAAGCGACAUUCCCCUGCAGUACUUUUCUAAUCAGAUGUUCACCAGCCCCAGUGCGGACAAGAGCAGCAGCACACCCCUCAACAACCGCUUUGGUUCCAUCCUAUCCCCACCGCGGCCUGUGGGUUUCACUCAGGCCAGUUUCCCCUUGCUCCCUGACAUGCCUCCCAUGCCGAUCGCAAACUCCUCUAGUAUAACUCCUCACCUGUCCAACUUCAACCUGACCUCACUCUUCCCCGAGAUUGCAACAGCAAUGCCCCCUGAUGGCACGGCCAUGCCCAUGUCCCCCCUGCUGUCCCUCACCAACACUUCUUCAGCUGAUUCCAGCAAGCAGCCCAACCGGCCUGCCCACAAUAUUAGCCACAUACUGGGGCAUGAUGGAAGUUCUGCUGUGUGAUCCCUCCCUGCCCCCCUCACUGUGCAUCUUGCCACAACAGAGGUGAUACUGAUUCUUCAGUCUCCAGAGAAAGACUCAGGACAGGUUAACUGCUCAGCGGUGCCACAUUGACCAUAAUACAAAGUAAUGACUUGGUAACUGAUACCAUGGUAACCUAGGUCAUAACAUUGCACUUCUGACCUCUUUUGUGAUGACAUGUAAGCUGCUGUCACUUGUGUAUUUAUAGGUCUUUGUACAGCUGAGAAUGGCUCUCAGUUGGUUUGUGAUCUGGAAUAUGGCCUGGCUUUGUACUGUUGACUUUGUACUUUUUGACUUCUCAAAGAUGACUCCCCAAGGAUAAGGACAAAAGCACAAAACUGAGACUGUUUUAGCAGAUCUAUAAUGCUAUCAGAGUGAAUUUUAAAUACAUUUUCCGCUGGAGGUAAAUAUUUAUUUCUAAGAACUGUCAUAUGUCGAUGUGUAAAUGUGUAAAAAGUUUAUUAUUAAAGGUUUUUAUAAUUUAAAAUGAA